GGGCGGUAAUGCGCAUCUUUGCCUACCGCCAAUAAACACUAAAGAAGAAGAAGAAGAAGCAGCAGCAAUAGAAGAAGCAGAAGACACGUUUCCUCUGAAGAUGACCACCCUCCAGUCGCUGAAGUCUUUCAUCCAGCAGCGUCUCUCCGUGGCGGUGGAGGAGAUCUCCGGUCUGCUGGAAACAACCAUCUGUAACUAUGAAGAGGAGAUCAACCGGCAGCGCAAGAUGCUGGAGGACGAGAGGACUGAGUUCCUCAUCAACAAAGCAGAUAUGCAACAAGCUAUGAGAUUUCGAGUCAUCAUCGAUCAUGAUAUCAAGAAGAUAACUUUCCAAAAUGGCAUCCCGUCGUCUGUGGAGGACAUGAUUAAAGUGUUUAAACAAGCUUUUUCCAUCACCACGGAAAUAGGUCUUCAGUACAAAGAUGCUGACUUUGAUGACUUCUUCACACUAACCUCUACAAGUGACCUCAAGGAUAAAGACACGGUCAAAGUAGUGCAGGUGCAUCCAGGCAUAAUAACGACCACGGUUCAUCAGGAACGCAACCCCGACACAUCUGACGUGUCGUCUGUAGACGAUCUGAUCUCUGUGGAUUCACAAGACACUAUGAUCCACAUUCCCCCUGUCAUUGAACGGCAUAACCUGUGGCCUCCCGUCUUUCCCAUUCCAACCUUCUCCUACAACACCGAGAUGGCUUUGAGGCAAGGUAACGAAAAGUUCCUCAAAGAUGGAACUCUGCUGACGUCACCGAGCGUCAAAUCGGACAUCCUGGAGCGCCUGGCGGAGGCCAUGUUUUCCUACACAGCUUAUCCCAACGAUCCACAGAGGGCUGCAGUUGCACAGGCACUAAUAGAGAAGCAUCCCUGCCUGAGGGAGCCCGGCUCUUAUAACGGAUGUUACGGGUGGCAGCAAAGCCUAAAAUACAAAUGUGCAAACUACCGGAGCAAACUUAAAGCACACGGAAACCCCGAACUGCUAAUAAAUACGAUGAAACACAAGCAGGAGGGCGACAGGAAACCUGCCAAAAAUAUCAAGAAACCCAGGAAAUCUGAGGUGAACUACCUCCCCCCACAUCCAGCCGGUGAAACGGAUGAAAGCCUGGAGAAUGUGAGACUCAAGCUCAUCGCAUCGAGCGAGACAAAGGACAAUGUUCCGAUGAUAAACGACAUGAUGUGCAGAACGUACAGCUGCAGAAGAAGAGAAGUGGUUGGCCAGGCCAUGCAGGUGGCAGAAUUCAAAGAGAGAUGGCCUGCCCUCUUUGAUCCGUUGCAGAUAAACGAGGAGUUCCGAAGGUGCAACACUAUUCCCCUGGAGUCGACAUUUAUCUCCCAGCUGGACAGGUACACGCCAAAGUUCCUGGAAUUAUUCAGCUCAAGGGGAGGAGCUGUUGGACAGCGCAUGAAGAGUGUGUUGAUUGAACUGAUACAGGACCCACAUGCCUCGGUGGUGAAGAAGAGGGACGUGACUCUGAGAUGCCUUAUUGAGUACUUGGGGGAGAGUGUGCAGGAGCUCAUUUCUGACUACUAUAGAACAGCGGAAGAUAAAGUGCAUCAUGACCUUAAAACCCAGAGUAUGAGGAUCUACGUUUGUCACAAGCCGGACGCAGUGGGCAUCAUCAUCGAUGGGAGUCCAGUGCUGACGGGUCUGGAUAACAUGUCUCGAGCCUGCUGCCUUCUCCUUGGCCUGACCUAUGCCCUAAAUCUGGACUACCCUCCCAAACUUGCCAAAACUUUUGAAGUCUUUCAAAGACUAUUUGUAGGACUCGACACGCUGCAGCCAAAACCAACAUCCAAGUACAUCAGCCUGAAAAACAAACUGCUCACCUGAACAACCUCUGUAUGCUUUUGGGCUGCUCAUUCAAGGCUGUGUUUAGUUAAUAUGUUACAUUUAGGAGUUGUAAAGGUGUCUGGUUAUUUAAUAAGGACUGUGUUGAACGUUCGUUGUUUGUAAUAACUGUGUUAAUGACAAAGGGUUAAAACAUUGAGCUGUAAUUCAGAAUUUUAAGGAAGUUAAAACUGGACACCUUUGACACAAAUAUCCACACCUGUUCCUGUUGUGACACCUCAGUAAUGUGUAAUAAGCGUUCCCUUUCUCAGUUAGGGCAGUUCAACCAAAUUACCAAA